AUGGCUCACCACCAAAUGCCCAACAUGUUCCGGAAUUUUUUUGCUUCUGCGGUGCUGCUUCUCUUAUUUGUGCUGAUAUGCUGCGGCACCUGUGAAGCCACGAGGGGUACGCCAACUGGGUCGGGGAAUGAAAGUGAAGGUGGCAGCUUCAUGAGCGAGGGUUGUUCUCAGGAACGAAGUGAAGGUGGCAGCUUCAUGAGCGAGGGUUCGUCCCAGGAACGAAGUGGAGUUGGCAGCUCCAUGAGCGAGGGUUCGUCCCAGGAACGAAGUGGAGUUGGCAGUUUCAUGAGCGAGGGUUCGUCUCAGGAACGAAGUGGAGUUGGCAGCUCCAUGAGCGAGGGUUCGUCCCAGGAACGAAGUGGAGUUGGCAGCUCCAUGAGCGAGGGUUCGUCCCAGGAACGAAGUGGAGUUGGCAGCUUCAUGAGCGAGGGUUCGUCCCAGGAACGAAGUGGAGUUGGCAGCUCCAUGAGCGAGGGUUCGUCCCAGGAACGAAGUGGAGUUGGCAGUUUCAUGAGCGAGGGUUCGUCUCAGGAACGAAGUGAAGGUGGCAGUUUCAUGAGCGAGGGUUCGUCCCAGGAACGAAGUGGAGGUGGCAGCUUCAUGAGCGAGGGUUCGUCUCAGGAACAAAGUGAAGGUGGCAGCUUCAUGAGCGAGGGUUCGUCUCAGGAACGAAGUGGAGUUGGCAGUUUCAUGAGCGAGGGUUCGUCUCAGGAACGAAGUGAAGGUGGCAGCUCCAUGAGCGAGGGUUCGUCCAAGGAACGAAGUGGAGUUGGCAGCUUCAUGAGCGAGGGUUCGUCUCAGGAACGAAGUGGAGGUGGCAGCUUCAUGAGCGAGGGUUCGUCCCAGGAACGAAGUGAAGGUGGCAGCUUCAUGAGCGAGGGUUCUUCUCAGGAACGAAGUGGAGUUGACAGCUUCAUGAGCGAGGGUUCGUCCAAGGAACGAAGUGAGGGUGGCAGCUCCAUGAGCGAGGGUUCGUCCAAGGAACGAAGUGAGGGUGGCAGCUCCAUGAGCGAGGGUUCGUCCAAGGAACGAAGUGAAGGUGGCAGCUCCAUGAGCGAGGGUUCGUCCAAGGAACGAAGUGAGGGUGGCAGCUCCAUGAGCGAGGGUUCGUCCCAGGAACGAAGUGGAGUUGACAGCUUCAUGAGCGAGGGUUCGUCCCAGGAACGAAGUGGAGUUGACAGCUUCAUGAGCGAGGGUUCGUCCCAGGAACGAAGUGAAGGUGGCAGCUUCAUGAGCGAGGGUUCUUCUCAGGAACGAAGUGGAGUUGACAGCUUCAUGAGCGAGGGUUCGUCCAAGGAACGAAGUGAGGGUGGCAGCUCCAUGAGCGAGAGUUCGUCCAAGGAACGAAGUGGAGUUGGCAGCUCCAUGAGCGAGGGUUCGUCCCAGGAACAAAGUGAAGGUGGCGGCUGUAGGCAUAAAGGUGUGUC